GACAAUUUCAAUGCUGAAAUUCAAAAACAACAGGAUGGAGCAUCUGCUUAUAUGAAACUUGCUGAUCUGGGAAAACCGGAGUUGAUUGCUAGUAGUGAUAUAACUUCUAGUGCUAACGAAGCCUUAACUAGAAAACGAGCAAUUAAAGAUACUUUUAAAGCAAUAAGAAGCAAAAAAGAAAAAGUUCUAACCCGUAAAAAAGCCGUAGUAGACUUAAUUGAGGGAUUAGUAACCGGUGAUACAGGUGGCGGUGGCGGUGACAAAUUGACCUGCCCGAAUUGUAAUCAAAAAUUUGACGCACUUUCUUUUGAGUAUAAUGGAAAGAAAUAUCAUAGCCAACAAUGUGCGGAUGAAGCCAAACAAAAAGAGAAGGACCAAGGUGGCGGAGGGCCAGACCAAAAUCAAGGAAUUGACCAAACCCGCACGGCCGCCAUUCAAGACAUUAAUAAUGCUCUGGGUGAAGAUCCGAAAAUCGCCACUAAAACCCAAAUAAAGCAGUUGAAUACUGAAAAAGAUAUUAAUGACCUUCGUGAUAAAGUAUUAACUAACAUUAAGAAAAAACGGAAAGAGAAGCAAACCGAGGAACAAAUGAAUAAAGAGGGAGAAGGAAUCGAUGAGGCAACCGGGCAGGAUCUGAUAAACAAAAUUAAAGAUGUUGAAAGUCAUGAGGAGAACGCAGAAAACACCAAAGAGUUAAUUAAAGAUAUUGUUGAAGCCGCAAUGACUAAACGUGGAGUUAGCGAGGACGAAUUAGGGGCGGGAGAAAAAGAAUUAUUCACCAAGAUAAAAAAUAAAGAAAUUAAUGAUAAGGACCAAUUAAAAACUGCCAAAAAUACUCUGGUGGAAUUUAUCGGUAACAAAGAUGUUGAGAAAAGAAUUGAUAAUUUACGGAAGGAAGUAGAAGCGGCUCGUAAUUCGGAUCAGAAAAAUGCGGUCAGAGAGAAAUUAAAAAAAUUAAAGAUAGAGGACAAUAUUUAUGUCAAAAAGCGAGAAGCCGACAUUGAAAAGCUACUGGAAAAAUUAGAAAGUAAUACGGAUGAUACUAGUGGCAAUAAUAAGCCGGGUAUUCCAUGA